AUGAUCGCCGCUCAGGCCAAGCUGGUUUACCAGCUCAAUAAAUACUACACUGAGCGCUGCCAAGCGCGCAAGGCGGCCAUCGCCAAGACCAUCCGAGAGGUCUGUAAGGUGGUCUCGGACGUGCUAAAGGAAGUGGAGGUACAGGAGCCUCGCUUCAUCAGUUCCCUGAGCGAGAUCGAUGCCCGCUACGAGGGGCUGGAGGUCAUCUCGCCCACGGAAUUCGAGGUGGUGCUCUACCUAAACCAGAUGGGCGUCUUCAACUUCGUGGACGACGGCUCCCUGCCCGGCUGCGCGGUGCUCAAACUGAGUGAUGGACGGAAGCGGAGCAUGUCUCUCUGGGUCGAGUUCAUCACAGCGUCCGGCUACCUCUCAGCGCGCAAGAUCCGCUCACGCUUCCAGACCCUGGUGGCUCAGGCGGUGGACAAGUGCAGCUAUCGGGAUGUGGUCAAGAUGAUCGCAGACACCAGCGAGGUCAAGUUGCGCAUCAGGGAGCGCUAUGUGGUGCAAAUCACCCCUGCGUUCAAGUGCACCGGUAUCUGGCCUCGCAGUGCGGCACAGUGGCCAAUGCCCCAUAUCCCGUGGCCCGGCCCUAAUCGGGUGGCGGAGGUCAAGGCCGAAGGGUUCAACUUGCUGUCGAAGGAGUGCUACUCACUGACCGGCAAGCAGAGCUCUGCGGAGAGCGAUGCCUGGGUGCUACAGUUCGGGGAGGCUGAGAAUCGCCUGCUGAUGGGCGGCUGCCGAAACAAGUGUCUCUCGGUGCUGAAGACGCUGCGGGACCGCCACCUGGAGCUGCCAGGCCAGCCGCUCAAUAACUACCACAUGAAGACGCUGCUGCUGUACGAGUGCGAGAAACACCCGCGGGAAACGGACUGGGACGAGGCAUGCCUAGGCGAUCGGCUCAACGGCAUCCUGCUGCAGCUCAUCUCCUGCCUGCAGUGCCGCCGCUGCCCUCACUACUUUCUGCCCAACCUCGACCUUUUUCAGGGCAAGCCCCAUUCGGCCCUGGAGAGCGCUGCCAAGCAGACCUGGAGGUUGGCCAGGGAAAUUCUCACCAAUCCCAAAAGCCUGGACAAACUAUAG